CAGCUCAGUGGCUGGUUGAUAUUAAGGCCAGGUUUUCCUUCUUUCCCUGCCUAGGUGCUGAGGUGCCUGAGCUGUAUCAGGGGUUAAAAGCUGUAAGCACUGAUGCGUAUAUAUGAGGCUGUAUUCCUAGAACACGGCUUGUAGCCUGACUCAAGCUAUUACAGUCUAACAACAGGGACCAAUAGAAAGAGAAGAAGAUCCAAGAAAGCUGAGGAGGACAGGAAACAAACACAGCGGUUAGCAGCCAAAAGCGGUGAAUUUACAGAGAUUUCUAACUGGCUUCAGAUAGCUCCAGGAACUUGACUAACAAGGCAAACACCAUGAUUUUAAAAGUCUAUACAAGCCUUUUGCUCUUAUUCUUGGUCAAUUCUGUGUGGACUCGAACUGUGAGACAAGUUUAUGAUGAUCUGGAUCCUGGCCACUGGUCUCACUAUACUUCUGAGUGUCCACAGGAGUGCUUUUGUCCUCCUAGUUUCCCCAAUGCAUUAUACUGUGAUAACAAAGGACUUAAAGAAAUACCUCCAAUUCCAGCCAGAAUUUGGUACCUCUAUCUUCAAAACAAUCAAAUUGAAACAAUUUCAGAGAAGCCUUUUGCAAAUGCCACUCAUCUGAGAUGGAUAAAUCUGAACAAGAAUAAGAUCACAAACAGUGGGAUUGAGAAUGGUGUGCUGAGCAAGCUGAAAAGGCUGCUUUACUUAUUCCUUGAAGAUAAUGAGUUGGAAGAGGUUCCUGCUCCAUUACCAGUGGGUCUGGAACAGCUAAGACUAGCUAGAAACAAAAUCUCCAAAAUCCCAGAAGGAGUCUUCAGCCACUUGGAAAACCUUACUAUGUUAGACCUGCACCAGAACAGUUUGUUGGACAGCGCUCUUCAAAGUGACACCUUCCAAGGACUCAACAACCUCAUGCAGCUCAACAUAGCAAAAAAUUCACUCAAGAAAAUGCCUUUAAGCAUUCCAGCUAAUACACUGCAGCUGUUUUUGGACAACAACUCCAUCGAAGUUAUACCAGAAAACUACUUCAGUGCAAUACCCAAAGUGACUUUCCUUAGGCUGAACUACAAUAAACUAUCUGAUGAUGGUAUCCCUUCAAAUGGGUUUAAUGUGUCAUCUAUUCUAGACCUACAGCUGUCUCACAAUCAGCUCACUAAAAUUCCACCAAUCAAUGCUCAUCUUGAGCACCUUCAUCUUGAUCACAACAAAAUCAAAAGUGUUAAUGGUACUCAGAUGUGCCCAGUUUCCAUUGCCCUAGAAGAAGAUUAUGGUUAUUAUGGCAACAUCCCUCGCCUCCGAUACCUUCGUCUGGAUGGGAAUGAAAUUCAGCCUCCAAUCCCACUGGAUAUCAUGAUCUGUUUCCGACUACUUCAAGCUGUUGUCAUAUAAAGAUAAUGCAAUGUCACUCUUGUACUGUGAGAGUGCUAAGAUACAAGUUUUGCUGGAAUGAAACUUGUUCUAACUCAAAUCAAGAAGUAACAGCUUUAUUUGACUUUAAUUUUCUUCUUUGCUUGUAUCUUUUCUACAACUGAAAAGGUUGUUCUUUCAGAAGGGAUUUUGUAUGGACCUGAAACAUGUGCUUAACCCCUUAUCCUAUAAAUUCAUAAUGUGAAUAUAUUGAAAAUCAUCUGUGUAAGAUCCCAAAUAUUCCAAAGAAAAUCCUUACUUGCUCCAUCUUUCUUCUCAAAUGUGACAAUGCCUACCCUGCUAACAUAAUUCCUAUAGACAAGUUAUGUGUCCUCAUUUAGUUAUAUAAUAAAUAACACCAUGAAUUUGGGUGCACUUGGCCAAAUA